AUGAGUUACAAUAAUGCAGCUGGUGCUGCAUUGCUUGACUGGAUCAAGCUCUUUCCGAUCGAUGCCGAUAUAUCCAAUCUGGGCGACCUAGCAGACGGGACGGUAAUAGGCAAAUUACUACUUGAUAUCGAUUACUACGCAUUCCACGACGAUGUCAACAAGGUGACACCGUCAGAACAAUGGGUCGUUCGGUUCCAAAAUCUUAAGAAGAUCCAUAAGGCCCUAGUACACUACUACACCUCAAACCUUCAACGACGUGCGCCGACAUCCUCGAAGUAUGCCCCGGAUCUAUUAGCAAUUGCGCGGGAAGGGUCACAGCGGGAGCUUAUCAAGCUUAUUAAACUAGUCGUUUUCGUUGCCGUAGAGUCCGAACGGCGGGAACACUACAUCACACAGAUCCAGAAAUUAAGCUCGACAUCUCAGAAUGAGUUUAUGCUGGUCAUUGCUCAGAUGAUGAAGUUGAACGAAGAGAAUUCGGAUGAAAUGGAUAAACAGGUUUUACAUACUUCCGAGACGGAGUUCCAGAUGGAGGAGGAGAUCAGCCGUUUGGUAACCGAGAAGGAAUCGCUGGAGAACGAGCAUAAGCAGCUCCUCGACCGCUUUAACAAAUCUCAGUCAUUAACCGAGGAGCUUCGAGUGGAGAUACAGCACCUACAAGAGCGGUUGACCGAUGGACCGGUUUCGAGUACGGGGCAGUCGAAGGCGGAUAUGGUAUUGCAUAUACAACUGGAUCAAUUGCAAGCAGAUGUUCACAAAAUGGAAGACACGAUCAGCGAACGCGAUGCCACUAUUUCCAAUAACGAAAAUACGAUCAAAUCUUUGAACCGUAAAGUCGAUGACUUAACCCGCGCCUCGGACUACGUCGAAAAGCUCAAGGACGAUCUAGAUACCGCCCGGCACACUGUUGAAAAGCUUCGAAAGGAACAAAAUGUCAUGCAACAUUAUAAAAAGAAAUUGGAAAGCAUGCCAGAGUUGGAGAAGAGGCUCAAAUUCCUUGAAGAGGAGAAUACGAUGAUGCAAAGGGAGAAUGUGCAGAUGGAAGAGGCGAUACGGUCAAAUACUGGGGAUAAGAAGUUAAUUGGGACAUAUAAAAAGCAGAUUGAGCGGUAUGAAGCUGAGCAUGCCGAGUUGCUUAAGGAGAAGCAGCGGCUCGAGCUUGAGAAUGCGAGUAUGAGGGAGGUGGUAGCGGGUGCGGAAGGCCAGAGAAGCAAAGAUACUGAACAUAUUCAAACUCUGGAGGUCAAAGUUCAGGAACUGGAGAACGGGCUCAUCGGCCAGGCGUCAGAGUCUAUUCAGGGUGACUUGGAUUCCGAAAUGAAUUUCAGAGGUGUUACAAAAACGGAUCUUAAGUUGAGGAUUAACAAGUUGGAAAGAGAGAACCAGCAGCUUAAGGAGACUGGGUUGAAGUCUGCAGAUUCCCUGGUGUUCCAGAAUUUGUUAGAGGAUAAAGAAAAGGCGAGGUACAGGUUGGAACAGGAUGUGCUUAUCACUAAUAGUGACAAGUUGGCACUAGAGGCGGAGCUAGCGGCUUUGAAAAAUGGUGGGGAUAUUGAUGAAAGUUCCUCUAUUGUCAUCCAACUCCGAAAGAACAUCCAAGAACGAGACAGGAUCAUCCAAGAAACCCGCAAGCAGCUCGACGACCGGCCACCGCUCUCGGUUAGCACUGGAGAUGCCUCCAUUAGCAAACUAAUCAAUGAGAAAGACGACCUUCAGCGAACGAUCGCAGAUCUUAAAGACACUCUAUUGGACUCCGAGAAGGGUAAUGGAGAACUCAAGGCCACUCUAGCGGCAAUCGGGGGGUCGAGGGAGGGCCAACAUGGUGAGCUUGAGAAAAGGGUGUUACAGCUUCAGGAUAAACUUGAGGAUAGGCGGGAGAAGGCAAUCAAAGCCCGUGAGCAUAUCAAAAAGCAAAAUACUACAAUAAAGGAACUUCAAGAUGAAAUAGACACUGCUAGGACGUCAGACAGAUCUGGAAAGAAAGGCGCCGAUUACGAAACCCUGGCGGCUAGGAACGAGAUUCUGAUGAAAGAGGUGGACUUAAUGACAAGUGCUUGGUAUGAUAUCACCUCAAGGUUACAGUCGAAUACUGUAACGCUGGGAAGAAGAAAGGAGGCGCCUGUGAGUUGGUUAGGCAAGCAAAGGCAGGCAGUUGCCAAUUUCCCUAAGCGGUAG